AUGGGUAACGUGUUUGCCAAUCUAUUUAAGGGCCUUUUUGGCAAAAAAGAAAUGAGGAUAUUAAUGGUAGGAUUAGAUGCGGCCGGUAAAACUACAAUUUUAUACAAACUUAAAUUAGGAGAAAUUGUAACAACUAUUCCAACAAUUGGUUUCAAUGUAGAAACUGUAGAAUAUAAGAACAUCAGCUUUACAGUGUGGGAUGUGGGUGGUCAAGACAAAAUUAGGCCUUUGUGGAGACACUAUUUUCAGAAUACACAGGGACUCAUCUUUGUGGUGGACAGCAACGAUAGGGAACGUAUCGGCGAAGCGAAGGACGAGCUGAUGCGUAUGCUCGCCGAGGACGAGCUUCGGGAUGCCGUGCUUUUGAUUUUCGCCAACAAACAGGAUCUGCCAAAUGCGAUGAACGCAGCGGAAAUCACCGACAAAUUGGGCCUGCACUCGCUCAGAAAUCGCAACUGGUACAUACAGGCGACGUGCGCAACGAGCGGCGACGGCCUCUACGAGGGACUCGACUGGCUGUCCAAUCAAUUAAAGAACGCCAACCGUUAA